AUGGUGCGUGCGCAAAUCGCCAAAGCCGGUAUGAAGACGCGUUCCGGCAUUGUCAACGGCCAGCGCGCGGAAUAUUUUAAAGGCACAGCCGCAGUCAAAGCGCUGCUCUCGCCGGCGUAUGCAAAAUUGAAAAAUGCGCCUAAGAUCACGACUGAGGAAGAGGCCGAGCAGAUGCUGCACAAGCUCUUGCCCUUUGCCUUCUUCUUGCGUGUGGAGCGCGGCGAGAGUGCGAAUGUGAAGACGGCGCCGCGGCCGCUUCAAGUUAAUCAGGUGCAGAUCUUCCAGCCGGAUAUGUAUUAUGUAUGGUUCUACGAAGGGUCUCAGCUUGUGGUCAAGCUGGCGGGCUUGGGAAUGGUGAUUUUGAUGCUCGCAGCGGUCAUGUUCCCUCUCUGGCCAACCUUUUUGCGCCGCGGCGUUUGGUAUCUGUCCGUGGCUCUACUGGGCCUGUUUGCUUUACUGAUGAUUAUUGCUUUGAUCCGGCUGAUUAUAUGGGCUGUAACGAUUGCUGUCCUUCCUCCUGGGAUCUGGAUCUUCCCGAAUUUGUUUGCAGAUGUGGGCGUCAUCGAGUCCUUUAUCCCACUUUGGAGCUGGGACGUUGUGCCCGAAAAGAUCAAGAUCAAGAAGGCCAAGAAGGCCAAAAAGGUCAAGAAGGCCGAGUCGGGCGAGCAAGAGAUGGUCGGCGCAACAAUAGAAGAAAUCAGCGACGAGACGGCAACACGCGACACGUUUGCGGAUUUGAACUAG